AUGGCAUCCUACCAGCUCCCUGCAAUUUUAUUGAUCUUGGCAGUCCUUAUGGCAGCGUCUGUGGCACCAGUAGCCCAAGCCCAAUCUGCGAGUGCGAGUGCGCGUCCAGCAGAAUUCUCUGAGUGCUUCUCGGCUCUAUGGGACAAAGUGGGAUUCUGGCAGGAGGUCUACAACUUCUACACCACUGGCAAGAACUUCCCUGGGGUGGAUUGUUGCAAGGCAUCUCUGGAAGUGGGAGCACAAUGCUGGCUCACAUUUUGGGUUCCUGGUGGCCUCAGUCCUGCUCUCAUCUCCAAGCUUAAGUCUUACUGCACUGCGUUCGUUGCGCGCUCGGCCUCGGGGCCUGCACCUGCACCCGGAAAGUCUGUCUAG